CUGCGCGUUCAGAAAGCUGGAUUUCGGGGAUGCUCAGUUCAGAAGAGAAAAAUUUGCCGGGAAUCAAGUCCUUCUUUUUUUUAGUCGGUAGUCGAUGAUGGGAGGUGUUCAAAAUCAUUUGAGUGGUGACAAGUGCAGGCUGUGGAAGAACAGGUGCCAUUUGUGCCAUAGAUUAUAUGUGGAAUUUACUAAAAGCUGGGAAAAUACCAGAGGAAUUUAAUGUCUUUAAUUUAAUACAAGAAAUGAGAACACAAAGGCAUUCUGCAGUACAAACAAAGGAGCAAUAUGAGCUUGUUCAUAGAGCUAUUGCCCAACUGUUUGAAAAACAGCUACAACUAUAUGAAAUUCAUGGAGCUCAGAAAAUUGCUGAUGGAGUGAAUGAAAUUAAUACUGAAAACAUGGUCAGCUCCAUAGAUCCUGAAAAACAAGAUUCUCCUCCUCCAAAACCACCAAGGACCCGCAGGUAUUGUAUGUCUUUGAACAUUUUCUUUAAAAGCAUACUUGUUUUUACUCACUGUUAAUUAAAAUGACAAAUUCU